UAAGGAUAUCUCGAAGACGUAUACAUGGAAAGGAGACUACAUGUGACGUAUCGAGCAAUCGUUAUCGUUAUCGUUUACGUUAUAUUCGAGGAUUAUCCAUUGAAAACUUGCAAUUAAAUAAAGCUAAUAACAAGUGAGAAAGAGGGAACGCGAAAGGGAAUAAAAGGCAAUGUACAAUGUGGAUUUGUCAAUCUUGUUUUGUUAUGAUUUCGCUUGGAAAUCUGAAACAGUCAACGGCGGGAUAGAUGUAGUAAACUCGAAUUUCGACGGCGUGUUAGAAAAAAACAAACAUAAAGACGAGAUGUCAAUGUUGUAAGAGUAUUCAAAGAAAAUCGUCGAUCUAACGUAACAUAAAGGGAAACGUAAAAGGGGCGAGCAUUGCUCAGAGGGCCUUGUGCAGUAUGCUCAGGGUUUAUAGUAGAAAGGUAUUAUGGCUACAGGUGAGGCCAGCACGGCUAAGCCUCGUCAAGAAAAGCAAUACGAUUACUUGUUAAAAUUCUUGUUGGUCGGUGACAGCGAUGUUGGGAAACAAGAAAUACUAAGUGGUCUUGAAGACGGUGCCGCCGAAUCACCCUUCUGCAGUGGCAGUGCAUACAAAACCACAACUAUCCUGCUAGAUGGGAAAAGAGUAAAAUUACAAUUAUGGGAUACAUCUGGACAAGGUAGAUUUUGUACAAUUAUCAGAUCUUAUUCGCGUGGAGCGCAAGGCAUACUUUUGGUUUACGAUAUUACCAAUAGAUGGUCCUUUGAUGGUAUUGAUAGGUGGUUAAAAGAAGUCGAAGAGCAUGCUCCAGGUAUACCAAAAAUAUUGGUUGGCAAUCGGCUUCAUUUGGCAUUUAAAAGAAAAGUAGGAGAACGCGACGCGGAAGCAUACGCAGCUAAAAAUCGAAUGGCAUUUUUUGAAGUCUCGCCUCUAUGCGAUUUUAACAUAAGAGAAAGUUUCUCCGAGCUCUCACGCAUGGCUUUGCAUCGUAAUGGCAUGGAGAGGCUAUGGAGAUCGAACAAAGUGCCCACUCUUCAAGAACUCGCAUGCCGUGCUAUAGUUGCGAGAACAACAGUAUAUGGAAUAGAUCAACUUCCAUUGCCUAAAUCUAUUAUAUCGCAUUUGAAAUCAUAUGCAAUGACUACGACCUCGCGACAUCGGUAUAAUGGCACCCGUACCCGUAGCACCAGUAAAAGCUUAAGUUCUCAUCAAAGGAAACUGCGUUUUGUUGGGGUGGGCCAUAAUGGAAUAUCCACGCCAGGCAACUCUCCUGGUAGUAUGACAGACUCUCGGACAAGCUGUGUAGGUCGCAAUUCCUGCACAAUAUCUUGAGAUUAAAGCUCGGGUUGCAGUUAUGUUCAAACAUGCAACGUGAUAUCAAAGUUCUUCCAUUCCUGUUACAUUACUUAUCUUGUUUCGAUUAAGAAUAUGGCAAUGUAACGUUGUGCAGAAUGAGAUAUAAAUACAUCAUUGAUGGGAUAUCUCUUAGAUGAAAACAAUUUAAGAGAUUAAAGACCUCACUUUAAUGUUAUUACUAACUAUUGUUAUUCGUACAAAAAAGGUUUUGGUGUCCUAUACACCAUGUUUCCUCAAGUUUGCGGUUUACCAAAAUAUCUGUAAUGAUAACAUCGAGCUUAAAUGACGACGGUGUAAUGCGAAUAAUUAUAUCGGUGCCAUUUGUUAAACGAACCUGAGACGAAUUUUAUGACAUUUGCUAAAAAGUGUUUAAUAUGGUUGCAUAUGUCUUUUUAUGAUACUGAUAAUUAAACGCAAGUGGUUUUUCAUAAUUAAAUGAGGUGCGUGCGAGACAGACAAAACAGCAUAUAUAAGAAUGCACGCACGCUCUUUGAGUAUAUCUAUAUUUUAUUAAUAAGUCGAUUUUAUAUAUAUUGUAUUUUUGGCUGUUGAUAUGAAAUUUACUUUUUCAGAAAGGCAUCUCUGCGUAGAACUUUUGUUAAGAUAAAAUAGCGUCAUUAUAAAGGAUACCUAAUAUAUAGAAAUAUAUUGUUGAAAAACAUUUUUUUAAUAAUAAUUUUAAAUAUAUUCUCUCUAACUACAACAUACUUUUGAUAAAUAAUAUUGAUGUAAACUAUACGUAUUUUUUAACAAAUUGUAAUAUUUGUGCAUAAUCAUAUUGUAUCUCCAUCAUUUAUGCAUGAUUAUUCAUUCUAAUAAUUAACUUUGACCAGAAAUAUUUCCUAAUCUAAGAUCAUAUUUCGUCGUUAUGUUAGAUUAAUUGAUAAAAUAAUAGUUUUGCCGACGGCAAUUUAGAGAUUGCUGAAAUGAUUGUGUUUGGAAGAAGAUCGAUGAAAAAAAUCUUGUCUUACGAUUAACAGGGGCAAUGUGUAUAUUGUAUUUCUUUCUUAAAAAUUUCUUUAUUCUAGGAUACAGUGUGAAAUAUAUUUAUACUAUAUA